UGUCAAAACUAAAAAUGAUAUCUGUCGACAAACAAAGUCAAAACCAUUGUUAAAGCAUGGAAUACAGAAAGUAGAGGAAGUGUCUCCCAACAAAAUGAGUACGGAAACUACGGUCGCCCACCAGGGCCGUGUACAGGAAUUUGAAGUAGGGAGGGCGGAAGGUAUCUCAUGGUCGAAAAUAAACUUAUACUUCGAGACGAGACAAGUGCAUUGCGCUCGACGUAUACAGACGUGCUCAUCAAUGCAAUUUAAUUAUAGCAAAAAUUAACAGUUUUUAAUUGUGACCUAGUUUAAGACACAGAGUUUUUGUUUUGUAAUCAUUCAAGUUGUUAUUGCGAAUAUGGACAAAAAGUGACUAUCUGCAAAUAUGGAUAGUAGCCCCUCUAAUCGUGGCGGGCUACCGCAUCGCUCCUCACCAUCAGCAGCAACCACCAGAAAUCAAACUCAGGACGAAACCAUAGAGACUAUUUCUACGUCGGAAAUUCAAACGUGGAUGUCCAGCAUUGAACAGUGCCUGAAUGAGGUGUCGACCAUAGCUUCGGAGGGUAAAAUGAAUGCCGAACAAAAGCUAAGAAUUAGUAGCCUAUGUCGCAAAGUGGGACACGGAGUUUCUCAAAUGGCUGUACAAUACCAGUCAUUAAAACAUAAAGCCCUACAAAACUACGCCACCCUGCUAACUUUAAAGGAUAACGAAGGCCUCGCUACCAGUUUGAGUGAGAUCAAGCAGAAACUACACGAGACUCUGACCAAAAAAACUCAGGAAAGCGCUUCUUUUGCAGACAUGGUAAAGGGGACAAAAAGCCUUAUUCGUCCUCAAGCAACUAGCUCAGUCGCUAUAUAUCCCAGUGACAAUACCAAGACCAGUGAAGAGACCAAAAAUUUAGUACAAAAAAUAGUAUGCCCUGAAGAAAUGAAGCUAAAGGUUCGUGGACUUCGAAAAAUAAGAAACGGAGGAGUUAUAAUAAGCACGGAGACCAAGGAUGACAUCCAAAAACUGAAGCAGACAGUCGAGCGUUCUACAACUGGACUUACCGUCGAUGAACCUCAAAAACGGAAGCCCCGCAUCUUAAUUAUUGGGGUCCCUACUGAUAUGGCAGAGAAAGAGGUAUUCAAAUGUAUUUACGAACAAAAUAUAGUCGACAUACUCCCAACUUUGACCAAAGAGACCUUCUUAACCGCAGUCAAACUAAGCCAUAAGUCAGGAAAAAGGGAUGCUGACAGCUGCAACUACAUUGUUGAGGUACCGGCCAGCGUACGGAAAGCCCUAGUAAAUCAGAACAGAAUUUACAUAAACUGGACGUCAUGCCCGGUACGAGAUUUCACCCUGGUAACUCGGUGCUUCAAGUGCCAGCAGUAUGGUCAUGCAUCGAAGACCUGCAAAUCUGCCACCUCAUCUUGCGGACACUGUGGGACCGAAGGACACGCAACUCAAGAGUGCUCUUCGAAGGAAGAACCACCGAAAUGUGCAACCUGUAAGCGCUAUAAAAAACCCCACAACCAUAAGACAGGAGAUUCGGAGUGCCCAGCUAGAAAAGCCGCUGAAUACAGGUACAUCAACUCCAUAGAUUAUGAAGGCGCCUAAGAGCGCCAUUAACUAGGUUACAUUUAGCUCUAACGCAUUUUUACAAAGUACAUACUUUUAUUUUAUUUUUUAUUUUAUUUUUUACUUAUGAAUAGUUUGAUUACUGAAAUAGAUAACACUUUUUUGUCUGAAUCAAAAACAUGUGAGGUGGAAGAUUGCAAACAAUAUAUUUCCGGAUACCAUAAUCCAUUUACAGUACUAACACAAAAUAUACGUAGUAUUUGCAGGAACUUUGACAGUUUUAACAUUUUUCUUCAUAGACUAGACAUAGUUUGCGAUAUCAUAAUACUAACCGAAUGCUGGUUAUCAAAACGUCUAGACAACAUCCCUACUAUGACGGGAUACAACAUGUUCCACAGCACAACUAACCAGAAUCAAAAUGAUGGAGUCGUGGUUUACGCAAAACAAUCGCUUAUAGCAACAGUCGAAGAACAGAAUCAACAAGACUGUAACUGCCUUAUAAUAAAAAUAGGAUCAAAUAUAGCAAUAAUAGCUAUCUAUAGAUCCCCAUCAUUUAGUAAUUUGGAAUCCUUUCACCAUUUAUUAAACCAGACCUGUCAUAAUCUUUCCGCUUUUAAACAUAUCAUACUAACAGGUGACAUUAACAUAAACAUCACUGCUGAAAACUGCGAUGUAGGAAUCCAAAACUACCUUAAUUUGUGUUCAUACCAUGGGCUUCUCACUGGUCAUAUACUACCAACUCAUCAAAGUGGCUCGUGUCUCGAUCACAUGAUGAUAAAAACUAGCCUACCAUAUAUUACCCUAGUAACUAAUUCAACAAUUACCGAUCAUAAAGCCGUCCUACUAACAAUCAACUUAACGCUGCCUAAGCAAAAUCGUCCCCUGACAAAGUCCAAACUAAAUAUGCACAAACUAGAACAUGACCUGCAUAACAUUGAUUUCAGCCCAGUUUACAAUUCCAAUGACGCUAAUUUGUCUUUAUCGUAUUUAAUUAAAAAUGUCCAGCAAGCAAUAUUACAUAAUACGAACAUUAUAACAUUAAAUCGGAAGCAUUAUAAUAUUAAACCGUGGAUUACUCCGGGCCUUGUCCGAUGUAUAAGGCACAGAGACAAAUUACAUCAGAAAACCAAACGAUUCCCUGAUAAUAUAAUGCUUCUUGUAAUAUAUAAGAGGUACAGAAAUUAUUGCAACAAUCUCUUGAAAAAACUUAAAAUUGAUUACGAUAAAAGCGAAUUGCAGAAAGCAGGCAAUAACAGUAAACAGAUAUGGAAACACAUUAAAAACUUGACUUACAGUUCAAAACAACGGGAAUCCAUUUCAAGUUUACUGCUCACUAACCCAUCACCCCUAUCAUCAGCUAAUAAUGUAAAUAACUACUUCGUUAAUGUGGGGAAAUCCCUCGCUGAACCACUUCUGACACAAUCAUCUUAUCAGUCUCCCGCGCACUAUCAGACUUCUCUUAAGAGAUGUUCUAAAUCUUUAGCACUUUUGGAUACCGACGAAAGUGAAAUAGAACAAAUUAUCUCAGCACUAAAAGAUGAUAGUGCGGCCGGCUGGGAUAAUAUUAAUAAUAAAAUCCUUAAGCGCUUUAAGCACAUUUUAGUCCGACCGUUAACAUAUAUAUUUCAGAGGUGCCUCAGUGAAGGAAUUUUUCCUAAAUGCUUAAAAAAAGCAGUGAUCAUCCCUAUUUUUAAAUCUGGAUCUAGAGAUGUAGUGAAUAAUUAUAGACCAAUAUCUAUACUGCCUUCUUUGUCCAAAAUCUUAGAAAAAAUAAUAAAUAAAAGACUAGUCAGUUAUUUAGAAACGACCAACUUAUUGUCUUCUUCACAAUUCGGGUUUAGAAGCAAAUUGUCCACAGCAGAUGCGGUUCAAAAACUAACAGAUCACGUUGCACAAGAACUUGGCGAUGGAAACCAAGUCCUGACUAUCUUCCUAGACUUAGCAAAAGCUUUUGAUACCGUAUCUGUUCCUUUGCUUUUAAAUAAACUAGAGGCUUUAGGUAUAAGAGGUACACAGCUGAAACUCUUUGAAGAUUAUUUAUCCAAUAGAUCCCAAUGUGUUCGAAUAGACAAUAUAACAAGUAACGACGAAAAAACACUAAGUUUUGGAGUUCCACAAGGCAGUAUCCUAGGUCCAUCAUUAUUCCUCAUUUAUAUUAACGAUCUAUGUAAUUUAAAUGUAGGAAAUUGCAAAAUAAUAUCGUACGCCGAUGACACUGCGCUUAUUUUCACUGCAAAAACCAUUUCAGAGUUAUACGAUGUUGCACAAGCUGGUUUUAACAUUGUUCUAGACUGGCUUCGUUGUAAUUUACUAACACUGAAUACAGACAAAACAAAAUAUAUUCAGUUCAACAUGCGCAAUAUUAAAAACAAUACUAAUAAUCCUCGCUUAUAUGCACACCAAUGUAACGAUCCGUCAGUCACUUCUUGUACCUGUCCUACGAUCCUGGAAACAAAAUAUCUCAAGUAUCUUGGGGUUUUUGUUGAUAACACUCUCUCCUUCAGGCAGCAUAUUGACAGUUUGGUUGCUAGAGUUCGUAAACUAAUGUUUGUUUUCAAGCAAUUGCGCUCCAUUGCAGACACUAAAUUAGUCAAGCAAGUUUAUUUUGCUCUAUGUCAAUCAAUCCUUCAAUAUUGUAUCACCUCAUGGGGCGGAGCAUCAAAAACAAUUAUUCUCUCCCUUGAACGAGCACAAAGAGCUGUGCUAAAAGUAGCAAAUUCUCUGCCUUUCCUUUUUCCUACCAACGAGCUAUUUAGAUCCUGCGAAGUGUUGACUGUUCGUCAAAUUUACAUUCUGCACAUUGUACUAAAACAGCAUGCUACACUUACUUACAACGCUGACAUAAUUAACAAAAGACGGAACGAUAUAGUCUGCAGCUCAACCACUACCUCUAUAUAUGCAUUUUCAAAUAAAUUCUUCACGUUUUUAGGGCCCUUGUUGUACAAUAGAUUAAAUAGAAUGCUAAAUAUUUAUAAUUUGAAUUCUUUUCUGUGUAAAAAUAAUGUCUCCAAAUAUUUGCAAGGCUUGUCUUAUAUAUUAUACAUAGCGUUCAUAGAUUAUUCCAGGGCAUUCGACAGUCUCACCCAUUCAUCAAUAUUUACAGCACUACACAACCAAGACAUCCACCCCACCUACAUUAACUUGCUUCAGAACAUAUACCUCAAAAGUACCGCAGCAAUAAAACUACACAAACUCGGCCAAUCCUUCCCUAUUUCUAAGGGAGUCAAACAAGGCGACCCGCUAUCUCCGAAACUCUUCACCGCAACCCUUGAAGAGGUCUUCAAAAAACUUGCAGCGUGCUGGAGUACGAAGGGCGUUGUCGUCGGGGAGAAAAGGUUAACAAACCUCCGUUUCGCCGACGACAUAGUACUCUUCUCUUCUUCAGCAUCUGAGCUAGGCGGCAUGAUCAACGAACUCAGCGGGGCGAGCCUUGAGGUUGGACUGAAGAUGAACAUGUCGAAGACCAAACUAAUGACCAACAGUAUAAAAUAUAGGCUAGAAGUAGAUGGCGCAGAAAUAGAAUACGUCCAUGAAUACAUCUAUCUGGGCCAAAUAGUCUCUUUCCAGGCGAGACAAGAAAGAGAAGUUGCUAGACGCACCGAAAACGCCUGGAAGAGCUAUUGGUCCAUGGGGGACCUAAUGAAAGGAAACCUUCCAUUAGCACUUAAGAAGAAACUCAUGGACGUGUGUAUUCUGCCCAUCCUAACCUAUGGCGCUCAAACUUGGUCUUUGACACAACAUCAGAAGUCCAAACUCAAGGUUUGCCAGCGGGCCAUGGAGCGCAGUAUCUUAGGAGUUCGCCUGUCGGAUAGACUAAGAAACACCACGCUGCGCUCCAUGACUAAAAUCAUCGACGUUGGUCAUAAAGCCGCCAGCUUGAAGUGGAAUUGGGCUGGUCACGUCUGCCGCAUGUCGGACGAGCGGUGGGCAAAACUCACUACUGAGUGGAGCCCGCUCAACGUCCACAGACGUCGCGGCAGGCCCAAAAGGAGAUGGCGGGACGAACUCAACAGCUAUGACAAGGAUUGGCCGCAAAAAGCUUUAAACAGAGAGGAGUGGAAGGAAGGUAGGGAGGCCUUUGCCCUGCAGUGGGACGAUCAUGGCUGAAAUCUAAUCUAAAUCUAAAUCUUGUCUUAUGACCAGACCGAAGAACUGCUGACUGUAUGUAAAUAAAAUUACCUAGAGAUAUAAAUAAAAUAUCGAUGUAAGCAAUAUUACACUUAUAAUAACUUUAUGUAUAUUUUUAACUUUGUCCUAGUUUUUAGUUUUUUGAUAGUUAUUACGUAGUUGUUAAUUUGUUGCUGACCAUUACUAUAUAUUAAUAAGCAUUUUUAUGCCUGAAGCACAGGUUUUACCUAGUUCAGGCAAUUUACACAUUAGCAUUUUAUUUAGAAGUAAGCAAAUUAUUGUAAAAUUUUUGUACAAAUGGAGUAAUAAUAAACAAUUUAUUUAUU